AGCCCCAAUAUCAAUCCCACCUCUUCUCUUUUUCUCUCUCUCUGUCUCUCGCUUUGAGCGACCAUCCUUGACAGAGCUCUUGAGCGACGAGGCUUCUGGGGCUCGCUUGCUCUCGACUCUCUUUCUCUGUUUUCUCUGGUGUCUUUUUCCGUCGCCAAGAUGAGACGCUCCGCCAUUAAAGCAGCUUCUAAAGAGUUGGAACGGAUUGAUAAUGUGUUCUAUACCUAUGCAAAUACAACUUCUGGUUUGAUUGACCCAGAGGGAAUUGAACGUCUUUGUUCAGAUAUGGAAGUUGACCCUACAGAUGUAAGGGUCUUGAUGCUUGCCUGGAAAAUGAAGGCUGAAAAACAGGGAUUCUUUACCCUGGAAGAGUGGCGAGUUGCACUUAAAGCAUUAAGGGCGGAUAGUUUAAGUAAAUUAAAGAAGGCACUUCCAGAGCUAGAGAAAGAGGUCAGGAGGCCAUCAAACUUUGUGGAUUUCUAUUCCUAUGCAUUCAGAUAUUGCUUAACAGAGGAGAAACAGAAGAGCAUAGAUAUAGAGAGCAUAUGCCAAUUGUUACAUAUUGUUUUAGGAUCUCAAUACCAAGCGCAGGUUGACUCAUUUGUAGAGUACUUAAAGACUCAGAAUGAUUACAAAGUCAUAAACAUGGAUCAAUGGAUGGGGUUUUACCGAUUUUGUGAUGAGAUAAGUUAUCCAGACCUUAGCAACUACGAUCCUGAACUUGCAUGGCCUUUGAUCCUUGACAAUUUUGUUGAAUGGGUGCGAGAAAAGCAGAGCUAGAGCUGAUGAUUCUUGGUCAACUUCAGUCUCUGCUAAAAACAACAAUUCCUCCUGAAGUACUCUUCGUUCCCACUUUUCCCAGUUCGGCCCAAUAUUCUGUGGCUGCGUUGACGUACUUACCUAUAUUUCUAGAGUGAAUUGGCCUUUUUGCAGGACAUUGGAUGGCCCCAGGGAUUUUAUUUUGGUUCUCUUUUUCUCUUCCAAAUAUGAAUAGCUUCCUCAAAGUGCUUGGCUUUGGAAAUUGUAUGUUUGUGAUAUGAUUGUUCUUGGGAAAGCCUUGUUAAAUGUCACAGCGGCUUCCAUAAUUAAUUCUGUUGAAUAUUCAAUUAAUUGCUCAAAGUUUCUUGAGCGAAUGGUGUUAAGGCCGCUGAACUACGCUAUCUUAGUGUGAAGCGAUUGUAUCAUGAAUGUGUUUGAUAGAAUAAAAGACACUUUCGAAUUUCCUGCCAAUAA